AUAGAAUGGGCCUACGUCAACACCAACCAUCUCCCGUAGAGGAAGAAGAGAAAACAUUGAGAAAAAAGGUUGAAUUCAAAGCAAAUAAAGUAAUUCAGGGAAAACCAUUCAAACCAGCUAUUGAAAAUAAGAAACACACAGAAACUCAGGAAUUUUCUCUUAACACUGAACGACGUGCUGUGGAACGAAAGGAAUUCGAUGAAUUGUUGAAACAGAAGGAGAUUGAAAUCCAAGUCAGGAACGAAACAGUGAAAAUAUAUCCAUCCAUCUAUUGGCUCACUUUAUUUUCCUAUUUUCCUGCCUAUUUUCAUAUUGUCCUAUUUCUAUUGUUGUGUUCUAUUUGUAGAUAUUGAUGCCUAUUCUUUUAUUAUACUUUCGUAAAUGCACAUUCCUUAAGUAUAAUGGAUGCAUCUGGAAAUGCCCAUAUCUUGGCUAUUUUGGGAUUCAUCUUUGCUAUUCAGUGUGUUCCUAAAUAUUCUAAAAUUUUUCGCUAUAGUAGAAAACUGAAAACCAGGAUCUCAGACCACAUCAGGGAUAUCCGAAAAAAGGCCCCAACACCAGUUGCAAAUCACUUCACCAACUGAGUUAUACAGGAAA